AAGCGGGAGGAAUAUCAAGUGUAAAAAUAUUUGGAUAAGGAUUACAAAAUUUGAGAUUGUCUCAAAUUCAACCCACCGACCUAUUGUUGCCGUCUGUUUAUUAAACUCUAAACAAACAAAUUAUUAAACCUACUACCAAAUUACACACACAAAAUUGAAUCCAGAACCCACCGCACGCACCACAAGAAUGGCUCGGAAUUUCCGAAAUACCACCACCGCCUUCUUCAUCCUAUUUGUUUUCUUUCUCUCCGCCACCGUCACCGCCACUACCACCACCGCUCCCACGGCGUACGAAGCAAUCGAAUCGUACGGAUUUCCAGUAGGGAUUCUCCCAAAAGGGGUAACACAUUACGAUCUUGAUACUUGUUCCGGCAAAUUCAAUGCAUAUUUAAACGGUUCGUGCAGUUUCUCUUUGGAAGGUUCGUAUGAAUUGAAGUACAAACCCGAAAUCAGCGGGUACAUCUAUAAAGACAAGUUGACUAAUUUAUCUGGGGUGAGCGUCAAACUGUAUUUUGUAUGGCUAAACAUUGUGGAGGUCAAGAAGACAAGUGGUGAAAAUCUUGAAUUUUCAGUGGGUAUUGCAUCUGCUGAUUUCCCCAUUAUUAACUUUUAUGUUUGCCCGAACUGUUCUAAUUUCGACCAUAAUUAUGUUUCCUCCAUUUAGCUGCUUUAGCUCAGGGUCUGUUGGAUUUUCAUCUUCUUCUUUUAUUCCUUUUCUGUUUUUUUUUUUUUCUUUUUCUUUUUUCUUUCUUGUUUGUACUUAUUAUAAUGCUAUUAUAGAGUAGUCAUUCAGAAAUUGUUGUUGCUUCUUCCUCUGCUUGUGCUUUUUGAGACUAGGGAAUUAAACUAAGUUUGU